UUUUUUUUGUAUAUAGGUCACCAUUUUGAUUUCAAAUAUCAAAGCCGGAAGCGAUACGUCAGCUUCGAUUAGUAAAUAUGGAGUAACAUUUUCGGCGUCCAGAAAUAAAUUACGGCGAUUUUUAAAUGGAAACUUCAUUUUAAGCCUUUCAAAGUUCUCGAUGGUUUCGGAAGCGGCUCGACGAACACAUUCGUUACACUUACCAACUCUUGCAAGAUGAGCGCCUUUCUUAUGAAGUGAGGAUGGCCAGGACAGGGCGGAUGCCCCAGGUGUAGCGGUUGGUGUCAUGCAGUCUGAGUCAGGCCGAUAUAUCAAUUCGGUGUCUGACAUAAUCGGAACCGACGAGAUCGAGUUUCUGUUAGAAGACAUAAGAGACCUGGAGCCGACAAAUAUUAAUCCUGAAGAUAUUCAGGAACCGGAUGGUAUGAGUUGUGUGUUGCAGGACUUUGAGAUAGCGGGCAGCAGAACGGGGGCCCUCAGCACAGACUGUGCGGGCGGCUGCGAGUGCGAAACUCCUCUCGGGACGAUUAACUCGUGGGAUUCGCACUCACACUACCGCCAUCGCGCUGCCUCGCCCGAUCUGUCCCUAUACUCUGGAGUCAUCAUCUACUUUGAUCACACUCACCUCAAAACGGCCACCGGACUAGUUAGACUUCUUCUAGUUAUAUCGACAAUUGCGUGUUUAACAUGUUUGUGUACGUCUGGAACAGUGAAAGUCGGUCUAUUUAUGUUACCUUUAGUCGGACGCCUUCGCCUUAUGAUGUUUGUAACGUUAGUCAGCAUGUUCGUAACCUGCCUUCUACUGUUUCUCGAUAUUUCCCAUAUGGUCUACUUGUUUCCGUUUAAUUGGGGUAAACUGAACGCGUAUUUUUACUUGAGCCUUAGUGUAUUAUUCCUCGUAGCCGCUUCACUCAUCUUUCAUAUGGUAUUCAUAUCAGAGGCCUUCACUUGGGUACCUAAAUGGACUAAACAUCAACUUAUUAUUACUGGUUCUUUAGGAUACGCAUGUUGCGUGGAGUCUGCGAUUUUAACUAUCAUCCAAAAAUGCACAACGUCCCGUUACCAACCGGUCGCAGAGGAUCCAAGUUUAAAUCUGCAAGAAAAACCGGCGUCGCCAAAUCAAUCACCGGAGCACAAAAUGAAUCAGUCCGUGCACAAUUAUAAACCGGCCACAAACUAUGUAGCGUUAGCGUCCACGUCGAAACAGUCGCCUCCGAAUUAUCUCGACGAUAUCCAGUGA